AUGUCAGCAGCAUCCAAGCUUCCCACCUCAGGAGCCACCAAUAGCGGCAAUGCACGCUUCAAUGCCGAAGCCGCAGCAUGGGACGCAAAUCCAUUCGUGCACACAGCGUCUAAGCAUGCCUGCGAUGCCAUUCUGGCCCGCUUUCCAGACCUCUCAAAGGACAGCCCAACCUACGACGUGCUCGAAAUCGGCUGCGGCACUGGCUUGCUCAGUCUUUCCCUCGCUCCAUUCACCCGCAACUACGUAGCCGUCGACGCGGCAGAAGGCAUGAUUGAAGUCCUCAAGCGCAAAGUCGAUUCUUCGAACGGCAUCAGCAGCAACGUCAAGCCAAUAGCAGCGCUGCUCGAAGAUCCAGAGGACCCACGCCUCCCACCAGCAGAACCCUCCAGCCCAUCUUCUUCCUCCUCACCAAGGCUCAAGUACGACCUCAUCACAAGCCAUCUCGUCCUCCACCACAUCCCAGACCUCCACGGCGUUCUGACCACGAUGCUCGGCUGCCUCAAACCAGGCACCGGCAGGCUCGCACUGACCGACUUCGAGGAUUGCGGGCCGCACAGCAAGCGCUUCCACUCGAAGGCCAAGAUGGAAGGUGUUGAGCGGCACGGAAUACCGCGGAAGUGGAUGGCGAACCUGAUGGUUGAGGUAGGGUUUGUGGAUGUCAAGGUUGAGGAAGGGUUCAGGAUGGAGAAGCGGGUGGAGAAAUGGGAAGGGGAGUUCAGUGAGGGUGGUGGGGAUGGGAAGGUGGCUAAGGAGGGGAUGGGUGAGAUUGCUGUGUUCCCAUUCCUGCUUUGCGAGGGGCGGAGGCCUUGA